UGUGGUUUGUCAAGUAAUUGUCCAAAAGAUCACUUUCCUGUUCGAAUGUACACAGGAAAAAAGAACACAGAACUACCAAAGAUCUGUUUUAAAGGAAGAUACGUAGUAGCUCAGGAUUUGAAUGAUGCUGGUCGAGGUGUAAUCGUUGUAGUCGUCAAUAUUGAAAGCGGUGCAAUUUUGAAUGUGAAACGAUUUGACACUUACGAGAACAGUGCUAAGUUGGUGAAUCUCUUAAAAUUGGUAUCUUCUUCAGAGUUUAUAAUAGCUAUCGCUCAUGACGAAGCGCAGACUGCACUAUCUGAUGAAGCAAAGAACAUAUUGACAUCUUUUGGCAGUUCCUUUAUUUCUAAACUUGGCUUCCGAGAUGUUUGGGUAUUUGUUGGCAAACCUAAUCUUUCUGGAUUUUCUCCGUAUGAAGAUGUUAGGAAUUGUUGA